UGCUUGGUUUGAGAGAGAGAGAGAGAGAGAGAGAGAGAGAGAGAGCUGGUCACUGAAUGAGUGGAAGAAAGUGUGUUUUUGAGUGACUGAGUCACUGAGGAGAGAGAGAUGGGUAGUACUACUCCACAUGCCACUGCCACAGACCAGCCCCAAUUCGCAUCCACGUCGUUGCAUGGCCGGGUAGCCAUCGUGACAGGUGGAACAGGUGGCAUCGGCAGCGCCGUCGUCCUCCACCUCGCUUCCCUCGGUGCCAACGUGGUCAUCGCCUACAUCGGCGAUCACAAAGUAGCUGAUGAUCUAGUGUCCAAGAUCUCCAAUUCAUCCUACCCACGUGCCAUCGCAGUUGAAGCCGACGUCUCCGAUCCAGCCCAAGUAAAGAACCUGUUCGACCAGGCCGAAUCCACAUUCAGCAAAAUUCACAUCCUCAUCACCACCGCCGCAGUCUGUGACUGCUCCUACCCGUCUCUGGCCAACACCUCCGUCGAGGUCUUCGAUUGGACCUUCAGCGUAAAUUGCAAGGGAACAUUCAUAUGUUGCCGGGAAGCGGCCAACCGUCUUGUGAAGGGCGGCGGUGGACGGAUAAUAACAUUCUCAUCAUCAGGGGUUGUAUCGUUGCGGCCUGGCUACUCAGUCUACGCUGCCUCAAAGGCCGCGAUCGAGACGAUGACGAAGAUAUUAGCCAGGGAGCUCAAAGGGACCAUGAUCACAGCCAACAGCAUAGCCCCAGGGGCUACAAUGACACCCAUGUUCUAUGGCGGCAAGUCGGAGGAGGUCGUGGAGAUGAUCGUCGGCGAAAGCCCAAUGCUGCGGCUCGGUGCACCAGAGGACAUUGCACCCAUGGUGGGGUUCUUGGCUGGUGAUGCAGGUGAAUGGGUGAAUGCCCAAGUCAUUCGUGUCAAUGGUGGCUACAUAUGAAAUCUCCACACCUAAGAAAAAAAGACCUGGUUGAGUUGACUCAGUGAGUCAACUCGUUCUACUUUCAAGUCGAAUCACUGAGUUUUAGAGUUAUAUGUGUGUUGCAUGGGUUGAAUAGCUUUAUAAUACAAUUGAGAUUCGUAUUUUGUCAUUUCAUGAAUGGUUUUAUGAUUGGUUGUUGAAUAGGCAAAUCUUAUCCUCCUAUCUUAUCAUGUCGGGGCCACUGUCAUUAUGAGUCACAUCUAGUGAUUCUUUAGAGAUUUUUCUUA